GCUGUCAGAGCGAGCAGACCAGACAAUCGAAAUUAAGCAACACAAUUUUCCGAGAACAUAUCAGUUCCCCAACUCUAAACACCGACCCGACUCGCGUUCAAAAAAUCAUAAAACCUGCAUUAAAGCAAUCAAUCUCCAUUCAAAAAAAUCAUUGCAAGUUACGUUGGGUUAUUCUUUGUUCCUGCGCUGUGGUCAAACAAUUACAAAUUUCUGGCAUUGCACAUCAAAUUAUUGUUGAUCUUAAUUACACACAGCAAACCUGCACUACAGCAUUACAGGUCAGAAUACUCGGCCAAUUGGCCUAAACCUCUAAGAAACACAUCCAAAUACAACAUCCACAAAGAAGUUAGUGAAAUAGUGAGCUGACGGAUUUCUACAUUGGGCCAAAGUAGGCUAGAGCUAUUGUCUACAGAUGUCUGUCUUAUAAAAAACUCGUAAUUCAACAAAUUCAUUUAAUCCCAAUACUUUUUCUGGCCAAUUCAAGUGUUUAACCGGAAGUGCUGUACAUGUAUAUUUAUAUUUUAUAUCUUGAAAAUUUGUGCGAGUCGAAGAUUGUGGUAUACUCAACGGAUUCAUAACACCAACUCAUAAUCAACAUCAUUUUAAAGCAAGACAAUGAACACAAAAAUGCCUCUGAUUCGUGGUCGGGACACGAUCGCGGUGGCAAAGAAGCCGAGUGUGACGCUGCCACCCGUGGUGAAAAAGUCGAGCAAGAGUCGUUCGUUUCACUUCCGUUAUCUGGAGCUAUGUCGUGCCAAGAAUAUAACACCAGUGCCCAAUAUACGCGCCAAUGCAAAUUCUACAACCACUCUAGAGCUCUGUGGUGAUAAGCUGGGUGUAAGUGAAUGGCUGCUGAUUAUCGAUGCUCUGCAUCAUGAUCUUGUCCUGCAGACGCUAAUCUUGCGCAUGCGACGCUCCAAUGGCAAUAAUAUUGUUUUACCAAUUGACACUGAGAAUCGCGCUCGACUCUUUCGCCAGAAGCCGGUGAUCUACACACGUUUCAUCUUCAACAGUCUCGUGGAGGCGAUUGUCAACUGUGUGAAGAGCAACAAGAAUCUAACUGUAUUGAAGCUGGAGGCGCUGCCGCUGCAGGACAGCUAUAUAGAAUGCAUUGCAAAGGCUCUGGCUUCCAAUGAUUGCCUCAAGGAAUUGAGUUUUCAAAAGUCCUUUAUUGGUGACAAGGGAUGCGCCGCAGUCUGCAGCACUGUCAAGUACUUGAAUCACAUCGAGACUUUUAAUCUAUCCGAAUGCAAUCUAGGUCCAAAGGGCGCCGAACACGUUGCCGAUAUGAUUAAGAUGCAAAAGAUUUCGCGUUUCUCUGAGGGCUGGGAGAAAUCGCUGCGCUACCGCAGCGUGGAUGUCAAUUCAAUUGCCGGACUGCGUCACAUUGCGCUCUCCAAUAAUCCGAUCAUGGGCGAUGAUGGUCUGCGUCUCAUAGCCGAGGUGCUCAAAGAGGAUGCCUGGGUGCAGACUAUGGAGAUGGAGAGCUGCGGCCUCACAGAUCGUGGCGCCAAUAUGAUACUCGAGUGUCUAGCUCUGAACAACGCCAUCACCGAGUUCAAUAUACGCAACAACGAUGGCAUCAGCAAGUUCCUGAUGCGCCAGAUACGCGAUCAUCUCGGCAAGGAGGACGAGGAGAAGCUCAAGGAACCGCAGUACGAUCUCAGCUGCGUAAAUGGAUUGCAGAGCUUGCCUAAAAACCAGAAAUAUUCAGUCUCGCAACUGCUCAAUCACACCAAGACUCUGGAGGAGCAAUUGUCCUUUGAGCGCACUUUGCGCAAGAAGGCCGAAAAGCUGAAUGAGAAACUCAACCAGCAGCUGCUGUCCCAAGGUCCUUGCUCACCACAACCACAUCCACAACCACAGCAGCAAGAGAAGCUCAUCGAUGGCGCUAAGAUACCCAAGGGUUACAUGCUGGUCAAGGGCGAUGAGCUGCAAUCGUUUAUCAAAAACACUCAGAACUAUUCGCCAUCGUCGGCAGCGCAAUUCAAUCACUUGGUCAACAGCGCUGUCACUAGUCCAGAGACAACACCACGUAGCGACAACACAACGCUGCGCAAUCAGCUCAGCAGGCAGAUGCAUCAGCAACAACAGCAUCAACUCGUUGAGAUGGACGAGACCGAGGAGACGGCAAUGGCAAGUGAGCCUCAACAACAGCCACGCCAGAUUCUGCAUGUCCGCAAGGUGCGCAGCGAGAUGAAAUACGUGGAAACGUACUCCAAGGAUAACUCCAAGAAGCGCGAGUCUAAGUCGGAUCACGAGUUUGCCAACGAACGCGAUUUUAAGCUCAAUCCCAAUGUGCAGUUUGAAAUGGACAUUGGUGACAGCGCGAUGAUCAAUCCGCAGCAGCAUAAUCGCAUACGCUGCGAGGUGCGUGAGGAUAUGGAGCAGGAAAUGCUGCAGGAAUCGUACAACGCACAAUAUAGCAAUGAGUGCAUUGGCGACGGAGUUGAGAACAAUCGCAAGCACAAGGAGAAAUUCAAGAAACGCAUGAAUGCCAUGGGUCAGAGCCACAUGACACAGUUCAUGGACGAGUUGGAGCGUAAGAUUAACAGCAAGUCGUCGGGGAAAAAGCGCCACAAGUCCAAAGUGCCCACGAAUGCAGCUGAAAGCUACAACAACGAGAAACAGGGCAUGAACAUGAAAGUUGACUCCUACAUGCCCAUCAUGGAGGACAUGCCCGAGGGUUCAGAGGAGAAUAGCUCAGCCUCGGAUGGCGACAAUUCCGAAGAUAUGCCACAAGGUCAGGGUCAGAGUCAGGGAUAUACGACUGCACCCAUGAAAGUGUUUGUGAGGCGCACACGCUCCGUAAACGAAUCCUCCAUGGAUCAACUCGAUGGCGAAGAAUCAGAGGAGACCAUUAUAUCGCCACGUUCGGUUUAUCUAGACAUUCAGAAGAAGAAAAACGAAGGCAAUCAUUGAUGGCAAUGCCAAGUCAACUAACAGCAGGCAGGAUUGUUUUGAAACUGGAAAUUAAAUGGUCCCAGUGUAGCUCUCGAAAACAAACUUCUUUGGUUUGUUAGCACAUUAUUAGCUUAACCGGACUGAGGCCAAAAUUUUCAGUAGUAAUUUGAAAAGAUCCUCCUUUUACAAUUAUAAACAAAGACAUUUGGCAUGCAUUGCUUUGAAUUGUAUGGAAAUAAUGUUUACACACAAUCUUCGUUCAGGACAACAUACAUACAGUUAAUUGAGAAAUAAAAAAUAUGUGAUUUAAGUGGUUUUGUUAAAUCUGUAACCGAUCUAAUAAAUUCCACGACUUAUGAGCAAAAUAUUCGUUGUAAGUUGAGAUUGCUAUUGUGUUUUGUGCCUUCUACAUAUUACGAUUUAUUGGCAUUUAGAUUUUUUUUAAGUGUCUGCAGAUCUCUAAUUUAUGCAAAGUACAAUACAAGUAAUUUAUGUUUAUAAUAAUAUAUGGAAUAUUCUGUUUGUUUGUCAAUACAUUUUGUAAUUGCUACUGCUUAAGUGUUGCUCAAAUAUUCAAGAUUAAGUAGAUCGAGAGGAUUAAAUACGUUGUGUUACAAUAGUAAAUAUAGCGAUUAUUUCCAAUCAUACGCGUCACAAUUACUUUAUUAGUUUUCAAAUUGGACGAUGCAGUUUAACCUCCAAAACCGUAGAGAGUACGUCCUUGACGCUUCAAGGCGUAGACCACAUCCAUAGCAGUGACGGUCUUACGCUUGGCGUGCUCAGUGUAAGUAACGGCAUCACGAAUAA